CCCGGCCCGGCCCAGCCUGGUCCGGCCUGGCCUUCCGGUUACCCCGUCGGCGGGAGAGCGGUGCCCUCUAGCAGGGAGCGGGGCAGGGAAACCCGCCUCCCGAGAGGGGACCCCGGGACGGGGCGUGGAGCCUCCGUGCGCGCCCGCACGUUGUUUAAUGGAGAGUGAAGCGUCCCGCGUGCGGUGCGAGCAGCGUCCGGGGGUGAUCGCUGGCCUGUUCCUUAAAUACCGUACCCUAAUGAAGGUGUUUCCUUUAUUUAAUUCGAAGUUUGGUGCAGGUUGUGCCCGGUUUCCCGUCUGGAAGCGUGGACCGGUGGGGAUGGGGCCUUGGGCAGCGGCUCUGCGGGAGUUUCUCAGGGUGAUGAGGACAAUCGAUGACAGAAUUGUCCACGAAUUAAACACUACGAUUCCAACAGCUUCCUUUGUGGGGAAGAUUGAUGCCAGCCAGACGUGUAAACAGCUCUAUGAGUCUUUGAUGGAUGCUCAUACCAGCAGGGAGAGAAUCAUCAAAAACUGCAUUGCUCAGACUUCCAGUGUAGUGAAAACUCUCAGAGAAGAGAGGGAAAAGGCCCAGGAUGAUGCAGUGUUAUUAAAGCAACUCAGGAAAGAGCAGACAAAGUUGAAAUUGAUGCAGUCGGAACUGAAUGUUGAAGAAGUGGUAAACGACAGAAGCUGGAAGGUAUUUAAUGAACGUUGCCGAAUUCACUACAAGCCUCCGAAGAGUCAAUGAUGUGGGGUAUUUUCCGUCAAGUUGGUCCAUAACCGCGAGAGCCAAACUGAAAAGAGACCUUGGGUGAGCUGUGUUGCGACCCUCCAGAACCAGUAGAACCCAGUCUUGUUUUGUUUUGGACCUACUUAGCUGAAAGUUCAAGAUUGAAAUGAUUCUCCUGUAAUUAAGAGAAAACAGCUCAACUUUUGUACAAAAUAUGUGAACAAAUGAAUUUUAUAGUAUUAAAAUAAUUUUCAAAUGGAA